GUUAUUUCUCUUUGCUGUCACGAGAUGAAAUAAGACAAUCUUUCAACGCUGUGUACAACUUCCAAGAUGACAACAGAACACUUAUUCAAAGAUUUUAGUGUUCUAUACAGCAGAUUGUUUGAUCAUCAUCCAAUUCUUCAAGGAAAUAUCAAUUUAUUCCUGAGAGAAUUUGAGGAUAAACGAGGAGAGCGAGAAAUCGAGAGAUUACGAUUUACGUCUGAUUCAUGUCAAAGUAUUAAUGAUCAUGUGAUACCAGAUAUUUGUCAAAUACUAGACAAUAAUCUUCAACAAAUAUCGGAUAAAGUUUACUCAGCAACAAAAAUGGCGCUAGAUUUAGCUGAAAGUGAGGAAAAUGUUCAGAGACCGUACCUGGAGGAACAGAGAGCUAGACGGAAAGAAGAAUGGACAGAAUUUAUGUCUGGACAAGUUGCGAGAAGUAGUCGAGUUGAUCAAGACUACGAAACACAAGUGCAGCAACUAAAAGAGAAUUAUAACGAAUUAGAAACAAAAUUAGAUAAUUCUCUAAAACCAGUUUUAUAAAUUACUUGCACUUCGGCAGUCAUUCGUUGGUGAAGUGUCAAAAGGGUGUAUCUAAGAAUUUCUAAAGAUUAAGAAAUAGAACCUUUUGCAUUUCAAAAUUUCCACAAAUCAAGAUACAACAUUUGGACACAUGAUACCCAGAACAGUUCUAAUUGGCAUAGAGAUACACAGCUUAGACAAAAAUGUGCAUAUUAAUUGGGAGAUUUUAGAAAUGCAAAAAAGUGUAUUUGAUUAAUUUCCCGAGAUACACCCUUUUGACACUUCACCGACGCAUUGCCAUAUGAUAAUUUUAUCUUUGGAUGUGACUUAAACAUACAUUAUGCAAGAACUAAAUCUGCCUAUUGCAGGUCUUUCUUUAGGCCUGAAAUGUUAUCUAAUUUAUCAGUUAGACAUUAAUUAACUGAUUCAGGCCAUAAUCAACUCUCGAUGACAUCGGGUUUAUCUGAUAUUAAAUUGAUUAGAAUCGUUCAGCCAUAUUUUGAUUUAAUUUAAAAAUGGAGAAGCGGUACCGUUAUUGAAAAUUAUUACACCCGUCUUUUCAAACCUUCAAAGGCUAAUAUCUUCGCUAGCAAUAGAGUAAUUUGAAUGAAAUUUUCAAAUUAUUCAUUUUACAUUAUCUAUUUUUGAACUAUUAUAGCAAGAAUGGUUAGUUCUUUAUCUAAAUCUUACAUCAGUGAUUGUCGCGGCCUAACGAAUAUUCACUGCUGAUCAGUGUGUCAUUAGCUCUUUAGUAUUAAAACUUAGGUUUUCCAUUGAUGUCAAAUAAAUGUCAGAAAUAGCAAUGCUUGUUAUAUUGUUGUUUCUGCAGUAUAUAUAUAAUAAACUGUUCAAAAUAUGUUAUGAAAGUUUGUGCAAAGGUUAGGGAUUAAUAUUGAGAUGGACUUUUUUUUCUGAAGCAUAUUUUAUCAUAUCGUUUUGAAGUUCAUAUUAUAGUAGUUGUACCUGUCGCAAUCUGAUUUAAACACAGAUCCUAUUUCGUUUCGUUUUUUUAUAGUUCAAAAUUUUGUUUUACUUGUCUUUACUACACUAGGAUCUGGAAGAGUUGUUAUCAUUGAUGUGUUCUGAAUGGUAUGAGGAAUUAGCCAAUGAAACAGUCUGUUACGGGGAGCUUUAGGCAUGUUAUGGACGGCACUGUGGGUAAUCCAUUAGAAACAUCAAUGCUGCUCGUAUGACCUCUUACAUGACCUAUCGCUAUAACUUGUCAGAUUUUCAUGUAGGCCAUCGAAAGUAUAAAAAAACGAAACGAAAUAUAGAUCUGUAUUUUAAUCAGAUUGUACAUGUUGUUGAUGAUCAAGUCUUCUUGUUUUAAGUUACAGCAUUGUUGAUUCAGAAUCAAGGAUUGCUUAAUUCCUUAGUUAUUUAUUAUCAUUAUACGUGAUUUAUGUAUGUUUAUAUACUCAUUGUUAUUGUUGAAAAGUAUAUUUUAAAUAUGUUAUAUGUAUAAUAAGGGACUGUCCCAAAAUGUCGGCAGGGUCAAAAAAAAGAACAAGAAUUAAUGAUCACAUGUGGCAAGACUACUCAUGGGGAUAUACCAAAAAACGAUUGAAUGAAAAUUUUCUAUAGACCCCUUUUGUGGACGAGCCCCAAAUUCGUGAAAAAAUAAACUUAAUAAAAAGGAUACGCAUAUUCCGUAUGAACAAUUCUAAUUAUUCACUGAAUUUACCUUAAAACAUCCAUCUUGCACUUUAUCGAUGUCUAGAACAGUAUAUUACCACGCACUGCAAGAUGGAUGUUUUAAGGUAAAUUCAGUGAAUAAUUAGAAUUGUUCAUACGGAAUAUGCGUAUCCUUUUUAUUUAGUUUAUUUUUUCACGAAUUUGGGGCUCGUCCACAAAAGGGGUCUAUAGAAAAUUUUCAUUCAAUCAUUUUUUGGUAUAUCCCCAUGAGUAGUCUUGCCACAUGUGAUCAUUAAUUCUUGUUCUUUUUUUUGACCCUGCCGACAUUUCAACAUACCUGUGCACACGCAUAACCUGCGGAACUGGGUGGGUGUGUGAAACAACACCCCAGAUAAAAAUAAAAAAAAAAAAUUUUGGUUAUCAUUAAAUCAUGAACGGAAACAUUUUCUUACAGUCUCUAAUUGUUAUUUGAUGAUUCAUAAAUAAAAGUUGAAAAUGACAAA